AUGGCUUCCGUGCAUGCCGAGGACCUCCCUGGCGAGGACUAUGUUCUCCGUCAUAGAAAGGAUGCGCUCCGCGCCCCCAACCGAAAGCGCAUUGUAAUUUGCUGCGAUGGGACCUGGCAGUCCGCUGUAUCUGGAGAAAAGAAUAUCCCCUCGAAUGUCACUCGUCUCUGUCGCUCGCUGAACCACACCGGGACAGAUGAGAAAGGUGAUCAAUGGCAGCAGGUUGUCUGGUAUGAUUCCGGAGUUGGAACAAGCGCUGGUGCAGUUGGAGAUGUUGUUGAAGGUGCAUUUGGUGAGGGUGUAGAGCGGAAUGUCAUCGAGGCAUACAACUUCUGUGUACUCAACUACAACCCUGGAGACAAGAUUAUGUGUUUUGGUUUCUCGCGUGGCGCAUACACCGCUCGAACUAUUGCUGGUUUAAUUUCGGAUAUCGGUGUUUGCUCGAAAUCGGACCUCAAUAAAUUCCCAGACUUAUGGAAAGUGUACAAGAAGCUGAAGCACGGAAAGCGCUUUGAUCGCAGUGAUCUUUGGUUUGAUUGGAUGUUUGGCAAGGCUGAUGAACACCAAGGCGCUGGGAAGGAUGGAGAUCGGACGUUCCUUUACGAGCAUGCUCCUGAGGGUGAUUGGGCUCAGCCAGGAUCCAGGGAGGUGGAGGUUGUUGGAGUGUUCGAUACUGUCGGUUCCAUUGGAAUGCCGGAGGUACUCGGGUUCAAAUUGCCAUCCACAGGAAAGGACGGUUGGCACAAUGUUGGCUUAUCGACGAACAUUAGACACGCUUUCCAAGCCUUAGCUUUGGAUGAACACCGCCAAUGUUUUACCCCCUCCGUAUGGUAUCUCCCGAAUAAGAAAGCCACACCCGAAGAUUUGGAAUCCAGGAAAAAGGACGAAGAAGCUGCCAAAGCGCAAUACUUCAAGGUGCUCUCAGACGCGAAAGCUCUGAAGGCAAGUGGCAAGGCCACCGACGACGAGGUUAAUGCUGCCGCUCGCAAGGUCAACGAAACUGCGAAAGCAUGGAACAAGACGACGCGUCGACGAGUCAAGAUCGAAGACCGACUUAAGGUACACUCGGAGCUGAAACAAGUGUGGUUCCCCGGCUACCACGUCAACAUCGGUGGAGGUGACUCGGAUACCUUGGAAAAUUUGGGUGAUAUGGAAGAGAUGUCCAACAUCACAUUUUCAUGGAUGCUGGACCAGAUCAAGAGCCACCUUUCAAUCGACGAGCGAUUUAUCCUCAACUCACUCAAAGAGCGCGAGGCCCACCUUAAGAAGUUGAAUGAGGAAUAUGCCAAAUGGGAGGCUGCUACUGCUAUAAAAAAGUCAUCAUUUAGAGAUUGGGUCUGCAGUACUGCCAAAUCCACGGCUUCGGUCAUCAUGCACCCUCUCAAGUCACCGGCUAGCCCAGUGUACAAAGGUAUCCGGGCCUAUGGCUGGGGAGAAGGAAUUCUCAUGGACAGCUUUACAUCUGUGUACUGGCUGAAUGGCAAGAAAUGGCGUACACCUGGAGAUUAUGCCCCGAAGGAUGGCAAGAAUGGGGGUGAAACCUUCGAGUACAUUCAUCCUGUCGUCAACUACAGAGUUGAGCGUAUGAAGGAGCUCAACAAACAGAACAACAAGCACCCCUUGUACAAACCUCUUUCUCCCGAUGGAAAGUAUCAACGCUUGAGGGAGCUGGAUGGCCAAGGCAAUGUUGUGUACAAGUACCAAAUUGGACACUGCUCGAAGACUCUGCCCGAGUGGAGACUUGGAGGUGAAGACUCCUAUGAGCGACUGGCGAUUGCAGGACACCCCGCUUAUUCCUAUGUGGAUAUUCUGGACGAUGAGUUGAAGUCUGGCUUCAGAACUGAGCGUUUCCUUGCUGAGGCCUACGAGAAAGCCCAGUUUCUCCUCAAGCCUACCGCUGCUCAACGAGCCCGUGCCUCAAUUGCUUUGGCAUCGUCUGAUGGCGACGAGGGCUGGGGUGAACAAUCCCAGACUACAGUUUUUGAGAGCAGUCUCCAGUCUAGUGAGAUCCAUUCGACUGAGUUUUCCAAGUCUUUUGGAGUGAAUACCACAGCGAUUGAGAGCGUGAGCUAG